ACUUCAAGUCAUUAACUAUUUAGCCAUGUGUUGCUGCUGUGAAGAGGAUUGCAAAUUCAGGCCACUUGGGUUUCUCCUAGGCCUGCCUUUUGCUUUCUUGUCUCUCAUAAUCUCGGUUGUAGGCUUGAUUGUUUGGAUUGUUGGGUUGACUUUGACAUGCAUAUGUCCAUGCUGCCUUUGCGUGACCCUCAUAGUUGAAUUUGCUCUGGUGCUCAUAAAGGCUCCAAUUUUGGUUAUGGAGUGGUUCAUCUCCAAGAUUCCAUGUUAGAGAUAUCUGUGUUUUUAAGACUUUGAAUUCGUGGUGCUAAUUUAGUAGUACUAUUCUUGGGUUGAUUUUAGUAUUUUACCUUUUAACUUCAUUCAUGAAUCAGUUUUUAGUCAUGUCCAAAUGAAAAUAGCAGGUUGUAGUCUGUAACUAUUCUCCUUGUCUAAUAAUGAAUUCUGUAUUCAAAUAUUUUUUUUAAUUCUUUGUUUUUCUUUCUUUCUCUUGGUUUAUAUGAUAAUUCUGUUAGAACUUUUGAGUCACAA